CCUCGAGCCGUGAAGAUCCGAGAGUCGCAAAGAAAACAGAGAAACCGGAGUGAACAAGUGUCGGAAAAUUCAUACUAAAUCAUACUAAACUAAGCCCCAUCAGUUUGUGAAAAAAUGCUGAACAUGGAAAGUGCGGGCGUGGGAGCUGCGAUGGCGGGCCUGAGCAAAACCCUCACCACUCCCUUCUCCAUCAACGACAUCCUCACGCGCAGCAAUCCGGAAACGCGUCGCGUGUCCAGCGUGGACUCUGAUCCAGAACCGGAGAAGCAGAAGCCCUCCGAUCGCGAGAGAUCCGCCUCCAAGUCGCCUCCACUCUGCUGCCGGGACCUCAGCCUCUACAAACUGUCGCAAUCGAAGGAAAUGCCACCGAGUGCCAGGCAAACCAGCAACUAUUUGCAAUACUACGCUGCUGCUCUGGACAACAACAAUCAUCACCAGGCAACAGGAGCAACCGGAAUCCAGAACUCCAGUGCCGCGGACUACAUGCAGCGCAAGUUGGCCUACUUUGGGUCCACCCUCGCUGCUCCUUUGGACAUGAGGCGCUGCACCAGCAAUGAUUCCGACUGCGACUCGCCGCCGCCUUUGAGCAGUUCGCCCUCGGAGUCGCCGCUUUCCCACGACGGCAGCGGUUUGAGCCGCAAGAAGCGUUCGCGCGCCGCUUUUAGCCACGCCCAGGUGUUCGAGUUGGAGCGCCGCUUUGCCCAGCAGAGGUACCUUUCCGGUCCGGAGCGCAGUGAGAUGGCCAAGAGCCUCCGCCUGACGGAGACGCAGGUGAAGAUCUGGUUCCAGAACCGCCGCUACAAAACCAAGAGGAAGCAGAUCCAACAACAUGAGGCGGCUCUUUUGGGGGCCAGCAAGAGAGUUCCUGUCCAGGUGCUCGUGAGGGAGGAUGGCAGCACCGCCUACGCCCACAUGGGAGGUCCAGGAGCGGGUCAUCAUGGAUUGGAUCCCGCUCUGAUCAACAUCUAUCGCCACCAGUUGCAGUUGGCCUAUGGAGGAUUGCCGUUGCCACAGAUGCAGAUGCCCUUCCCGUACUUCUACCCACAACACAAGGUACCACAACCCAUCCCGCCGCCCAGUCAAUCCUCCAGCUUCGCAGCCGCCUCCUCCGCAUCUUCGUCACCCGUUCCCAAUCCCCUCUCCCUCCCAGUUCCCAUUCCGGGUGCAGUGCGUCCGCAGCGAACCCCGUGUCCCAGUCCCGGCAACCAGGUGAUGGGCGUGGAGAGCGGAAACGAGAGCGUCCACUCGGUGGCGGAGGAGGGCGAGGAGAACGUGGAGAUCGACUAAGCGGAUGGGACGGGAGUUCCCCGGCGGAGAGCGGGGAUGCGUUUUUGUGAUAGCCGUAGGAGUUGUGUUUAGUCUCUAUGCGUAAUUAGUAGUCCCAUAGCUUUAGUAGCCCUAAGUUUUAGUUGUACCCACUUGAGA